AAACAGUCUUUUCCGGUCAGCUGAUCCUGGGAGGAGUCAUGUGACAUUCUCAUCAGUUUUCGGUUCAGACGGGUGUCUUCAACGAUGGCUCUGCUUUUGUCCGUUAUUCUGUCUAGUAUCAUUUACAAGGGCUCUGUUUCUGGACUCUCUGAACCGCCAGGCUGCACAGAAGCAUGGGACUAUGUGGAAGUGAGACCCGGAGCCCACAUGUUCUGGUGGCUUUAUUAUGCUGAGAGCCAGGCUGCUCAGUAUAAGGAUCUGCCCCUGGUUAUGUGGCUGCAGGGGGGGCCAGGAGGAUCAGGAACUGGCUUUGGGAACUUUGAAGAGAUCGGACCACUGAACAGAGAUCUGCAGCCCAGGAAGACAAGCUGGGUCCAGACAGCCAGCUUGUUGUUUGUAGACAACCCUGUAGGAACUGGCUUCAGCUACGCUGAAAGGCCGGACGGCUUCGCCACAGAUGUGGCCACGGUAGCCUCAGACAUGCUGGUGCUGCUCCGCCACUUCUUUACACUGAAGUCUGACUUCCAGAGCGUCCCCUUCUACAUCUUCUCUGAGUCAUAUGGAGGAAAGAUGGCAGCUGCCAUUUCUUUGGAGCUCACAAAGGCCAUAGCCAAAGGGUCAGUGAAGUGCAACUUUGCUGGUGUAGCACUUGGAGACUCAUGGAUUUCCCCACUUGACUCCGUGAUGACUUGGGGACCAUAUCUCUACACCACAUCUCUGUUGGAUGACUAUGGCCUGGCCGAUGUCAACAAUGCAGCACAGCAGGUGAAGCAAGCUGUGGCGAAGCAGGACUUCCUUAAAGCCACUGAGCUGUGGUCUGUGACAGAGUCGGUGGUGGAGCAGAACACCAAUGGAGUCAACUUCUAUAACAUACUCAAGCAGGAAGAAGAUGGGAAACUCGGCUCUUCGGAAGGAGAAAGCUUCAUCUCUCUGCUGGCACGUCGCCACAUCUACCCCCUCCACAGCCAAUCACUGAGCGAGCUGAUGAAUGGAUCAGUGAGGAAGAAACUGGCCAUCAUCCCUCAGAAUGUCACAUGGGGAGGUCAGGCAGAAGAAGUAUUCAGCAAAAUGGCUGGAGACUUCAUGAAGCCGGUGGUGGAUGUAGUCGACCAGCUGUUGACAGCUGGAGUCAAUGUGACGGUUUACAAUGGCCAACUGGAUCUCAUAGUGGACACCAUGGGUCAGGAGAUGUGGGUGAAACAGCUGAAGUGGGAAGGGAUUCCUAGCUUCAACAAGCUGAGGUGGACCCCCCUGGAUGACCCCGUCUCCCCAGGCAUUACUGGAGCUUUUUACAAGACUUACAAGAACUUUGCCUUCUACUGGAUCCUCAAAGCUGGUCACAUGAUCCCAUCCGACCAGGGGCCUAUGGCCUUACAGAUGCUGAAGAUGAUCGUGCACCAGGACUAAUUCAGGCAAUUCUCUGCCAGCUGGGAUGGCUCAGACAAUCAACAAUCAUCAGUGAACCACCUUCAGAUUUCUUUUUAUUCGUGCCAAAUAUAAUUAAGUUCUGCUUUUAUCAGGCAUUAAAUCAAUAAAAAUGUAUUUUUCA